AUGGUUUCUAUUGCCUCAUUGGCUAAUGCUGCACAGCAUCGCGUGAUUUUCGAGCACAUAGAAAAAUUGAAGAGUGAUUGCAAUGGUUGGAAGAACUGCAUCGAAAAGAUCAUUAACGGCUGCGAUCCGGAGGAGCACUUCGUGCUUCUACAGGUGAUUGAAACAUAUUUGACAGCGCGCUAUGCGGAUAAUGAUCAGGAUCAGAUUAUUAUUCGAAAAUGGAUGCGUGCCUGGUUGCAGCACUUAAGUUCACCUGAGAAUCAGCCAUCGUAUUUAGUAAACAAAAUGGCACAUCUCUUUGCUUUGGUUUUUGCUGCCGAUUUUCCAAGGCGUUGGCCUAAUUUCAUGGAAGAGGCAAGUUUCUUUUACAUCUGCGCCGUGUUUUUCCAACAAAUGACAUCAUCAGCUGAAAUAACUGUCUUUUUCCUGCGCACUUUGAUUGCCAUCGAUCAUGAGGUAGUUGAUCGAGAGAUUCGGCGCACCCAGCAGGUAAUUGAGAGAAAUAUGCGGAUAAAGGAUGCUAUGCGCGACAACUGCAAUUAUAGCCUGGCACUAAUAUGGACUCAAAUACUAGCGGAAAGCAAUGAUUUGAAGACUCGAGGACUUUGUUUAGAUGUCAUUGCUUGUUACAUUGACUGGAUUGAUUUGGAACUUGUUGUCAACAAUACUACCACCCCAUUUAUUAUUGAUUGUCUAAAAAAUGAAUAUACAUGUGAAUCAGCGAUAUCAGCUAUUAGUGCAAUGGUUACGAAAGGCAUGGAUGCUGAAAAGAAGCUUUUGCUUACUGCGUCGUUGUGUACUGUUUUGCAUGAAAACGGAUCAUUUGAUUUGAAAGAAAAUAAUGUGGAUGAUGUUUUGAGAACUGGAGCUCUCAUAAGCUCAUUAGGCUCCGCUUUGAUCGACUGCCAUAUAUGCUUUUCAAAAGUUAAUGACAUGGAAAAAUCUGUGCAGUGUGAAGUGCUUCUCGAAGAACAAGCUGAUAUCGCUUUGUUAUGCUUUUCUAAUGAGGAUAUGGACGCUUCUGAAACUGUUAUUGAAUUUCUGCGGCGUUAUGUUUGUGUUCUUAAAGCUCAGGAAUUUGAGAAGCGUUACAAUUUUACUAAUCGAAUGAUCUGCGUAGCCAUAGAUAGAUACAAAGCGGCAGGUGGUGUUGAUUUGAGUAAUACGGAUGGUGAGGUUGUGGCUGAAUUUAUGGCAUAUAGAAGGCAACUUCGAAAUAUGUUGUCAGCAAUUGGAAAUUUCGAACCGGAGCCGAUAUUGAUGAAACUGGAGCCAUUGGUGCGAAAUGCAUGUGAAAACUGGAAGCAGUGCCACAUGAAUGCUAUUGAAGCUACCUUGGCACUGGUAUAUGAUCUUACCGAUUUCAUACAUACAAAUAUCGGAAGUAAUAAUAGUUUGAUCUCUGAGCGUGCUAAAAAAUUGGUGAUACAGAUUCUGCAAAGCACAAUAAAUCAUUGUGGAUUACCUUAUAUUAAUACAUUAUUCUUCGAAAUUGCUUGUCGUUAUGAAAGGAUCCUGCAAAGUAGUACCAGUCCACUGCCGAUGAUAUUGGAAGCUUUCCUGGAUACACAUGGUCUUCGUCAGACCUCGUUGCAAUCAAGAAGUCGCAUCAUCUACUUAUUUUGUCGAUUUGUAAAAGCACACAAGCUUUUCUUAGGUAACCAAGCUGAAAAUAUUCUUGCACAGUUGGAGUCAUUUUUUACAGUAUCAUCGGAAGAAGAUUAUCAACUCUCGAAAGAAGACCAGAUGUACCUGUAUGAAUCUACGUCAGUGCUAAUUGUUCACAACAAUCUACCCAUUGAAAGGAAACAAGAAUACAUCAAAGUUCUCGCUUUAUCAUUGCUUCAAAAAUUCGCACGCAUAACGGAAAGGUUAUCACGAACAAAGAAUGUGGAAGAAAUAAAACAGCUUCAUCAGCUAUAUGCUGAUGUUAUUAGCUAUGGCGCGCAUGUUGCUAAAGCGUUUACAAAUAACUACACCAUGCAAUGCUGUCAGUGCACUACCAUUUUUAUUGAAUUGAUGGAAGUUUUUCUGGAUAAGAUAACUCCAGAUAAUGUGGAAGGAUUGGACGCACUGCGGCAGUAUCUUCAUCGGAUGGUCACUUGUCUUGAUGGCGAAAUACUAUCUAUGUUACCAGCCAUUUGCGACAAGUAUCUUGAUGUCGGUUCAGACCUUAAAGUGGUGCAUGACUUCCUUAUUUUAUUGCAGCAAAUUUUCGGCAAGUUCAAGAAACGUCUUUUGGGAAUUGGCUUGAAUAUUCCCGCUUUAUUUGAUAUUUUGUGGAGUGCACAAAGAAUAUCAUUCGAUACAUCUAACGAGAGCCGUAUUAGGGACAUGAUAUAUUACAACCGAGCUUUUCUGCAAACAAUCUUGAGCAUCUUGACACACGACCUAGUUAUUAUGUUGACAGACUGUGGCACCGAAUUUCUCCACAAAGUAGCAGACUCACUUGUUUCUUUCAUGAGCUUAAAUGAUGUACCUACGCAACGGAUUACAUUUCAAAUUAUUAACAAACUAUUUCUAAAGCUGUCGAACAAUGGGUCAGCAGCUGCUUUCAUCGAGUUUCUAUGGGAAAAGGCGAUUUGUGGCGCACUUCAGACUCCUCUCAAUGAAUAUCAUGACCUUACAGACGCCCAGUGUGUUUUGCUACAGCACGAAAUCUAUGUAUGUUUACAAAGUCUACGAUCUUAUUCUUUGGAAAGGUUUGACCAGUAUUUACAGUUGCUUCUUCCUGCAGACUUUGCCCGAAACUUUUGUCAAUGUAUAUCUGGUUAUAAGGGUAAACAAUUGGAAAAGGCUUUGGAUAUGCAAUAUGAUCAACUGAGACUAAUGAAAGCGGAUGGUAUUGCACCGUGA